AUGAAUGGUGGUGGUGGUGGUGGUGGUGGUGGUGGUGGUGGUGGUGGUGGUCCUGGGGAGAAAUCAGGUGCUAUAGGUGGUCCUGGUACUGGUCUUGGGUCGAACCUGAAUCCAUAUGGUGGACCCAUCUUCUCACUCGACACACCUGCACCGCAUCAUCAUCGACUUGCACCGAGUCCCAUCGGUGCAGGGUCCAUCGGUCGAUCAAGACACUCAGACUCUUUUCGGCUUCCUUCGAUCCACAUUCCAGGGUAUCAUACCGUCAGAUUCGUUGGUCUCUGUACCCUGUGGUACAUGACUUCAGCGCUGUCCAGCAAUACCGGCAAAAUGAUCCUCAACCAUUUCAGAUACCCCGUCACCUUGACCAUUGUUCAAUUCUUCUUCGUCGCGGCAUACUGCGUGCUCAUCAGUCGUCCAGAACUCGGAUGGACAGGUAGAUUGAGACAGCCGUCAAAGGCUAUCCUCUUGGGAACAUUGCCAAUGGCCGCGUUCCAAGUCGGAGGACACAUCUUUAGCUCAUUGGCUAUCAGUAGAGUACCCGUCAGCACAGUUCACACCAUAAAGGCCCUCUCUCCACUUUUCACAGUCGGCGCUUACGCUCUCCUUUUCCAAGUCUCCUACUCUCCCGCGACAUAUCUCUCCCUACUUCCUCUCACCAUCGGCGUCAUGCUAGCUUGCUCCUUCGACAUCAGCCUGCAUAACAUUCUCGGUCUGGUCUGUGCUUUUGGAUCCACGUUGAUCUUUGUAUCUCAAAACAUCUUUUUCAAGAAAAUCAUGCCCACAAAUGCAGACUCAGCUACUGGAUUGUUGGGUGCCCCCAAGCUCGACAAGAUCAAUCUCCUCUACUUUUCAAGUGGUAUGGCUUUCCUCCUCAUGAUCCCCGUGUGGAUUUGGAACGAUGUCCCGAGACUCUUGAACGAUUGGCCGGCUCCUCGUGGAGGACCAUCUGUCUCCCUCUAUUUCUUCCUCAAUGGGACGGUCCACUUUGCUCAAAACUUGCUCGCAUUCGCCAUCCUCUCAUCCACGUCUCCCGUUACGUAUUCCAUCGCAUCGCUCGUCAAGCGGAUCGCAGUCAUUUGUCUCGCUAUCAUAUGGUUCAAUCAAGCUGUUCACCCCAUUCAAGCUGUUGGUAUCGCUCUCACAGGUGUCGGGCUAUGGAUGUAUAAUAACGCCAAGCGUGAUGUCGAAAGGGGUGAAAAGAGGAUGAGACAGGUCGAAGCGAGUCGAGAUGCUCUUCCAACACAACGUCAUGCCGAUAUUCCUCAAUCCGGUGCCAAUAGCAUUCUUGGCCUUUUUGGAAUCGCUCGAAAUCCCCCGAUCGAACCUCAUGCGUCUCCCAAACCGGUCUAUCCACCCAACUUCAAGCAAGGAUCGCACUCCUCAGCUUUGAGGACAGCCAACUUUUUAUCAUCUAAUCAGGGACCCCACCACCCUCCACCCAUGAUGAUGCCACAUUCAAAGCCGACAACGCCUACAGAAAUGGCAUAUCCUUCCCCACCCGCAUCGGCAGACUCGUCUCCUCCCACUGGCCCUGUGACCGUCCCACCUGCAAAUCCCAUUACCGAUCCUGGCAAUACGAGGCACAGAGGGCUUUCUAUGGAGACAAAGGAUGGACCGUUCAGGCUUCCACCGGCUCUAUCUGGUACUCGAUCAGCUACGAUUGAGGAGGAACGUCCAGGCCGAGGGCCCAUGGUCAGGGCCUCAUAG